GCAGCGGCAUAGGGCAGACCGAGAGUGCAGCAUUCCGUCAGGCAGUGCAGAGGACAGCCGCGCAGGGGGCCUUCUCCUUCCAUGCCGCGCUGACGGUUUGAAUGUAGGAAGCGGCAGCAACGACAUGAAUGUGAUCGGAGAGAGAACGGUAUUGAGAUGGAGGGUGGCAUCCAGCCUGGCCUGGGCAGUUAUCUUGUUACCAUUGAGCUGCUUGGCCUUCAUCUGUCUUAGCAGAUUCCAGGUCUUUCAUCCAGCACAAUGCCUGACAGAAUCAAUAAAAGACGCCCUCAGCAGUUCCACAGUCUUCUGUCUGCUGCUUCUCAGUAUUCUGCAGGCUGUUCAGUUCGCUUUCAAUUUGCAGUUCCAUUCAGUGGUGCCUUCCAUCCCCAGUUCCCGGCUCUCCUUGAUUGGACUGAUCCUGCUUCCACAGAAUGUGCUUCAUUCCUUCAUACAUGCCAGUAUGGGGGUGCUGGUGUUUUGGUGCUGCACUAUCCUGGGUCAGAGUCAAUAUCGGAGCCUGACUGUUCCAUGCAGUCCAGAUCCCAGUGAUCUUGAAGCCACCAGUCAGGCAAUGUGUCUGAAUGAACGUUACCUAUUUGUGCUCCUGACCGGAGGCUUUAUGGGCUACAGUUACAGCCUCCUGUAUUUUAUUCACAACAUGAACUGCUUGUCUUUUCCUUUGGUGCAGCAAUUCAAGUAUUUCCAGUUCCGUCAAAGUGUCCCAAAACUUCUGAAAUAUAGCGGUGUCCAGUCUCUAUACCUGGCCCGGAAUUUGACCGCUCUCUAUUUUUUUCUGGGCUAUAUUCCAAGAAAAUGGAUUCAAGUAGUCAUGAACCUCCAUAUGGAUAAACACUUGCCACCCCUGGAUACUCUUCGUGGACUCCUGGACUUGUCACUCUUUUACCAUGUUUGGGUGUCUGGUGUGUUCCUUCUCACCACCUGGUACAUCGCAUGGCUGCUCUUCCAGAUCUAUGCUACAGAGGCGCACAAGUUUCCUGUGCAGACAGCAUUUCCCGAAGAAGCAAAUAAAUGUCUUCCAAACAUGUUGAGCUGCAGUUCUCCUCUGCUUAAAUAUUUGGCUUUCCAAGAUCUGAUGCUCCUCUCUCAAUAUUCUCCAUAUCGAAGACAAGAAGUGUUCAGCCUCAGCCAGCCAGGAGGACAUCCUCACAAUUGGACCGCUAUCUCUAGGGAGUGCUUAGGGGUAUUAACCAAUUUGACAUCAAGACUUGUUGCUCAUCAGGAAGCUGCUGCAAGUAAUGGACGUGUCCGACUCUCAUCAUCCUCUUCAGAGACAAGAAAGUCUUCCAGCAGCUCAGGUACCUCUUUCAUCAAUGACACAGUUGAGCCUUCACCAAACAUUGUUCCAACUCCGCAGACCCCUUUCCCUUCACUACUGAAGCAAGGUCCUGCUCUGAAAUCAAGAUGGGACUCUGGUAGUCCUUUUGCCUCUCCCGCAGUUGGUCGCAUUGCUAGUGUUGAGCAAAGUUCUCCAUGGCAUGGAUCUGUACAGAGCCCCCAUGUUAUGAGAAGAGGUGCCAAGCUGUGGACUUGUGAGUCGGACAUCCAGAGCAACGGUUCAGAAGUUUCUCCUCUCUCUAAAACCGGCUCUAGUUCUACUGGCGGUGCCGGGCAGCGGAUCCUCUAUACAUGGCUCCACAAAAGACUGGAGCAGAUCAAACAUUUCUUUGGAAAACGAGUUUUGUUUACGUAUCUAUUCAGCAAGCAUCCAGAGGCCUCUAGUCAGGAAGUGUUUGCUGAUUCACAGAUCCACAUUUGGGCUUUAGAAGGUCUGUCACAUCUGGUGUCAGCAUCCUUCUCAGAAGACAGAAUGGGGGUAGUACAGACUACUCUCUCCAACAUACUCGCCACACUUCUUACUCUACAAGAGGCUGUCGAAAAGCAUUUUAAGCUUCCACAUGCCUCGAGCAAACCAGCCAGGUCUACAUCAAGUAUAGUAGAUUCUUCUUACAAGACAGUAAGGUUCGCGGUUAGAUCCACUCUGAAGACUGCAAUCUACAGGAUAACCACAACAUUUGGAGAGACCUUACACUCUGUUCCUCUAUCUUCAGAACAUCGGAAAAAACUGCAGCAAUUUCUUGACUUCAAGGAAUAGUCCAUCUUCAGGACAACUGCUUGUGUUCUGUCCUGUAUGUCUACCAGGCUCCUGUCUACACAGUACUUAACCAUAUCUGAUACCACAACAUGACCCGUCAGCGUAUCUUGUCAUAACCUUUAUUUAUUUGUCUUCCCAUAGAUGGUCGCCUUCUCUCUGACUCUGUCCUACCUCUCUGCUGUGUUUUCUGAACUGAUAUUUUCUAUGUUUUUGGUUCAUACGUUUUAAAAUAGUUAAAAGUGCAAUCGGCUUUACUACAUUAAAGGUGAACAGUUUUGAAUCUGA